AAGUGGGUGGGAAAUUUCAAUUUGACUGGGUGGUUUUUGCUAAUUACUCCGUGCAACAAUUUCCAGAUUCAACUAAACUACAAUUCUUUAGAGAGUCUUCAAAUCACAAAUCUAAAGCUCAUCGUGAACCGUCCGAUCACCGCAACAACACGACGCCGUUUCCAUUCACAGGUUUCGUUUUUCGAAUCUCACGGAUCUGGAGGUUCAACGGUUUCGAUUAUGAGCGAUUGAAAUGUCUGAGAAUCAUAGCUCAGAGCAGGUUCUGGAAGUUUCUGGAGCUCAGAACAACAACUUUCUUGACCCGAAUCCGGAUCGUGCAAUCCGGGCACCCGAAGAAGCUAACGGGUACUACGACCAUGACCGAGUCAAUCAGGAACCGGCGUUAUUGUCGGUGAUGGGUCGUGCUGAAAACGAUAAUGAUAAUGAUAAUGGGGUUUCGGAGGAGGAAGAGGGGGGUGAUUUUGUUGACUGCUCAGAAGAGUUGGUUUCGAGUGCUGAGAAGGAAGCAGCAGUUGUGGCAGUAGCGAGGGAAGAAUCGGGGGAUGAUGGGGUUCGAGGAAUCGAAAAUGGGGUGUUGAAUGGUUACGUGAUGGAUGAGCAGCCGGAACAACAACGACUGAGCAAUGCACGGGAAUACAAGGACGAAAGAGAGGCGUUUGCUAGGGAAGUUGCUGAGCUUCGUCACGGGCUUAAGGCUCUGAUUAAUCAUCAGCAGCCGUUGCUUGGUGAGAAUGAGAGUGGGGAAAAUGAUAAUAGCCCUUUGCUUGAAAUGAUAAAGGAAUGCUCGCUGUUUGUGAAAUUAGCUUCAGAGGAACGAUUGCAGGCUGAGGCGACAAUGAGAGAAAUUCAUGGUGUUGUUCUUAUGAAUGAACAAGAGAUUGGAGAUCUCAAUGCACGGGUUUCUGAGUUAUCAGUGUCGAAUGAUGCUGCGGCGUCUUAUAUGAGUUCGGUUCAGAAUUCUUUGGAAGUAUCGUUGGAAAAGGAUCGGCAUGUAGAGGAUGUGGCAAACAGGAUGUUAGCUUCUCUAGCAUCGGUAGGUUAUCAAGAAGAAUCAUUGGAGGAUUCUAUUAGUGGGAAAAUAAUUCAGGUUGAGAAAGGCAACUCUUUGUUGAUUGAGAAGUACAAUCAGAUUCUUUCUGAAAUUGAUCAACUUAGGCAAUGUUUGAAUGAGACUGGGGUUGAUAUCAGGGUGCAAGAGGGUCAUGGGACAAUUUGUGUUGCUGCACGUGAUGAGUUACUUGAGCUGAAAAGAAAGGAGGAGGAUUUGACUGAUAAAGUUAGACAUCUAGAGGAUGAAAAUAGGAAAUUAGUGGAACAACUUGACGGGCAUAAAGAAAUGGUUGAGAAAGUGAAUGCAGAACUUGCAAACACAAAAAUAGAAGUUGAGCAGGAGAAGCUUAGGUGUGCUAAUACCAAAGAGAAGCUUACCAUGGCUGUGACAAAGGGAAAGGCAUUGGUGCAACAGAGAGACUCAUUGAAGCAUUCUCUAGCUGAUAAAACAAGUGAGCUUGAGAACUGUUUGAUUGAAUUGCAAGAGAAGUCUAGUGCAUUGGAGUCUGCUGAACUAAGCAAGGAGGAAUUGGUCAAAAGUGAAAAUUUGAUUGCAUCUCUGCAGGAAACACUGUCGGAAAGGACUUCUGUUCUUGAAAAAAUUGAUGAAAUUAUGUCUGAGGCUGGUGUACCUGAGGAACUUCUUUCGAUGGAUAUUAGAGAGAGAUUUAGAUGGCUUGUGGAUGAGAGAAAUGUACUAAAGGGUUUUUCACUGGAGUCUCAAAAAUUGAAAGAUGCUUUUUCCUCAUUUGAUCUACCGGAGACAGUUUCAUCAUCUGACUUGGAAGCUCGAGUGGGUUGGCUGAGGGAGUCAUUUUACCGGGCUAAAGAUGAUGUAAAUAGUUUGCAGGAUGAAAUUGCUAAAACAAGGGAAGCUGGCCAUAAUGAGAUUGACCGCUUAAGUGCUUCACUUUCAACUGCAUUACAGGAAAAGGAUUAUUUUGAAACAGAGUUGGCUGAUCUGAUGAGGAAAUAUGAAGAGAUUGUUGAAAAAGAACAUCAAGUUACAUUGGAGAAGGAUCACUUAAGUGCUUCACUUUCAACAGCGUUACAAGAAAAGGAUUAUCUUCAAACAGAGUUGGCUGAGCUGAUGAGCAAAUAUGAAGAGAUUGUUGUAAAAGAAUGUCAAGUUACAUUGGAGAAGGACCACUUAAGUGCUUCUCUUUCAGCAGAACUACAGGAAAAGGAUUAUUUUCAAACAGAGUUUGCCAACCUGAUGGGAAAAUACAAAGAGAUUGUUGAAAAAGAGCAUCAAGUUUCAGUGGAGAGGGAUCAGAUAGUGAAAAUGUUGAUUGAGGUUUCUGGAACUAAAAUGGAAAAGGAAGAAGGGGUCUAUCAGACUUUCUCUGACAAUUCCAGUCUUGUUCACAGAUGUUUUGAGAAGAUAAAAGAACAGAGCAGUGCCAUUUUGGAUUCUUCCUAUGCUAAUGCAGAAUUGUUUGAAAGAGUACAAAGUCUCUUGUAUGUAAGGGAUCACGAAUUGAUGCUGUGUGAGAAAUUACUCGAAGAAGAGAUGAUGGUGAGAUCAGAGGAAAAACUGUUGAAUGAGUUAAAGUUGGUUUCUGAAGAACUUGUAGCACUGAAAGAGGAAAAGAGCUCUCUAUGGAAGGAUCUUGAAAGAUCAGAAGAGAAGUCUACUUUGAUGGAUAAAUUGUCAAAUGAGUUAAAGUUGGUAUCUGAAGAACUUGUGGUGCUGAAAGAGGAAAAGAGCUCUCUACAUAAGGAUUUUGAAAGAUUGGAAGAGAAGUCUGCUUUGGUGGAAAAACUGUCGAGUGAGUUAAAAUUGGUAUCUGAAGAACUUGAAGCGUUGAAAGAGGAAAAGAGCUCUCUACAGAAUGAUGUUGAAAGAUUGGAAGAGAAGUCCACUUUGGUGGAAAAACUGUCGAAUGAGUUAAAAUUGGUAUCUGAAGAACUUGUAGUGCUAAAAGAGGAAAAUAGCUCUCUACAAAGGGAUCUUGAAAGAUUGGAAGAGAAGUCUGCUUUGGUGGGGAAACUGUCGAAUGAGUUAAAAUUGGUAUCUGAAGAACUUGUAGCGCUGAAAGAGGAAAAUAGCUCUUUACAAAGGGAUCUUGAAAGAUCAGAAGAGAAGUCUACUUUGAUGGAUAAAUUGUCAAAUGAGUUAAAGUUGGUAUCUGAAGAACUUGUGGUGCUGAAAGAGGAAAAGAGCUCUCUACAUAAGGAUUUUGAAAGAUUGGAAGAGAAGUCUGCUUUGGUGGAAAAACUGUCGAGUGAGUUAAAAUUGGUAUCUGAAGAACUUGAAGCGUUGAAAGAGGAAAAGAGCUCUCUACAAAAUGAUGUUGAAAGAUUGGAAGAGAAGUCCACUUUGGUGGAAAAACUGUCGAAUGAGUUAAAAUUGGUAUCUGAAGAACUUGUAGUGCUAAAAGAGGAAAAUAGCUCUCUACAAAGGGAUCUUGAAAGAUUGGAAGAGAAGUCUGCUUUGGUGGGAAAACUGUCAAAUGAGUUAAAAUUGGUAUCUGAAGAACUUGUAGCGCUGAAAGAGGAAAAUAGCUCUCUACAAAGGGAUCUUGAAAGAUUGGAAGAGAAGUCUGCUUUGGUGGAAAAACUGUCGAAUGAGUUAAAGUUGGUAUCUGAAGAACUUGUAGCACUGAAAGAGGAAAAGAGCUCACUUCAGAAUGAUCUUGAAAGAUCGGAAGAGAAGUCUGCUUUGGUGAAAAAACUGUCAAAUGAGUUAAAAUUGGUAUAUGAAGAACUUGUAGCACUGAAAGAGGAAAAGAGCUCACUUCAGAAUGAUCUUCAAAGAUCAGAAGAGAAGUCCACUUCGGUGGAAAAACUGUCGAAUGAGUUAAAAUUGGUAUCUGAAGAACUUGUAGUGCUGAAAGAGGAAAAGAGCUCUGUACAGAAGGAUCUUGAAAGAUCGGAAGAGAAGUCUGCUUUGGUGGAAAAACUGUCGAAUGAGUUAAAGUUGGUAUCUGAAGAACUUGUAGAACUGAAAGAGGAAAAGAGCUCUUUAUGGAAGGAUCUUGAAAGAUCAGAGGAGAAGUCCACUUUGGUGGAUAAAUUUUCAAAUGAGUUAAAGUUGGUAUCUGAAGAACUUGUAGCGCUGAAAGAGGAAAAGAGCUCUCUACAGAAGGAUCUUGAAAGAUUGGAAGAGAAGUCUACUUUGGUGGAAAAAGUGUCGAAUGAGUUAAAGUUGGUUUCUGAAGAACUUGUAGCACUGAAAGAGGAAAAGAGCUCUCUACAGAAGGAUCUUGAAAGAUCGGAAGAGAAGUCUGCAUUGGUGAGGGAGAAGUUAUCCAUGGCAGUUAAGAAAGGCAAGGGAUUGGUUCAAGAUCGGGAGAACUUGAAAAAGCUUCUGGAUGAAAAGAACUCAGAAAUUCAGAAGUUGAAGCUCGAGUUACAGCAGCAAGAAUCUGCAGUCGUUGACUGCAGAGACCAGAUUAAAACAUUGUCUACUGACGUAGAGCACAUCCCAAAGUUGGAGGCUGAUCUUGCUGCGAUGAAAGAUCAACGUGAUCAACUUGAGCAAUUCUUAUUGGAGAGCAAUAAAAUUUUACAGAAAGUGGUUGAAUCUAUUGAUGGCAUCGUUCUUCCUGUUGAUACAGUUUUUGAUGAGCCCGUAGGAAAGGUGAAUUGGCUUUCUGGGUACAUUAAUGAAUGCCUGGAAGCUAAGAUGCAUGCAGAGCAGGAGUUGGGUAAGGUGAAAGAGGAUGCCAAUACCUUGGUUAGUGAGUUAGCAGAAGCCCAAGCAACUGUGAAAUCACUGCAAGACGCAUUGUCAGUUGCGGAGAACAAUGUUACUCAACUAGCUGAAGAAAAGAGGGAAUUAGAAGUUGGGAAGACAAAUAUUGAACAAGAGUUACAGAAAGCAGUAGAAGAAGCUUGUUCCCAGACCAGCAAGUUUGUUGAGGCUUUUGCAACUAGGAAGUCACUUGAAGAGGCCUUAUCACUGGCAGAAAAUAAUAUAUCUGUGCUGUUCAGAGAGAAAGAAGAGGCUCAAGUAAGUAAAACUGCUGCAGAGAUGGAUCUGGAGAAAGUGAAAGAAGAGGUUGCUAUUCAGACCAGCAAAUUAACGGAGGCCUUCAAAACUAUAAAGUCACUUGAAGAUUCACUGUCUCAGGUAGAGACUAAUGUUGCUUUGCUGACUGAGCAAAAUAAUGAUGCACAAGUUGGUAGAACUAAUUUGGAGAAUAAGCUAAAGAAGCUGCAAGAGGAAGCGGGGUCCCAAGCUAACAAGCUGGCAGAUUCAUAUGCAACAAUAAAAUCGCUGGAAGAUGCGCUGUUGAGGGCAGAAGAUGAUAUUUCUGUACUUCAAGGUGAAAAGAAAAAUGCAGAAGAGGAACUUUUGUCACUUAAUUCCAAGUUAAAUGCAUGCAUGGAAGAGUUGGCUGGAACCAGUGGCAGUUUUGAAAGCAAAUCUAUAGAGCUUGCUGGACACCUUAACGAUCUUCAUGUGAUUAUGAAAGAUGAGACUCUGUUAUCAAGGGUAAAAGAAUGCUUUGAGAAGAAAUUCGAGAGCUUGAGAAAAAUGGAUCUCAUUCUUAAAAACAUAAAGACCCAUUUCGUAGAAGUGGAUUUAGAAAAGCUGCAAAGUCACCAUGUCAUGGAGGAUGAUUCAAAUGUUAUGAACUCUUUCUCAGAUAACCUCAACAAUAUUGUUGAUGUUGAAAUUGAUAACAGCUGGGUGAGUGCUGCAGAUGGUGACAAUAUUUCUUCACAUUUUAGAAAGACUGUGGAAGGGUUCCAGUCGAGAAACAAAAUUAUUUAUGAUAAAGUCAAAGGUUUUUCAUCUUUUAUAGAUGAGUGUAUCGCAGGUUUGUUGAGAAAAUUACAGGAAACACAGGAUGGUGUAGUAUUUGUACUUGAGCAUAUUGAAUCUUUGAAACAAAAAUCAAAGAAUCUGGAAAUGAUUCAACAGGAACAGGAGACCACUAUAGCCAUGUUAGAAAAUGAUGUUGCGACUUUGUUGUCUGCUUGUACUGAUGCUACAAGAGAACUGCAGAUUGAAGUGAAGAACAAUCUAUUGGAACUUAUCUCUGUUCCUGAGCUUGAGAAGUUGAACCAUACUUUGUCUUUAGAAGUGAGAGAGACUGAUGGAGAUGCCACAGUUGAGCAGCAACAAAGGCUUGAUGGCAACAAACAUGUUGAUGCUGCAAAUAAGUUGUUAUUGGCAACUAGAAAAUUUCAAUCUCUGGUUAAACAGUUUGAUAGCACAAGUAAUGUGGCAGCCGCUACAGUUGAAGAAUUGCAAAAUAAAUUGAAACAAAGUAGAAUAAGUCUUGAAAAUGCUAUUGAAGAAAGGGAUCUAAACCAAGAUAGAGUUUCCAAGCUAGAGAGUGAGGUAGAAGAAUUGCAAACUUCAUGCAGUGAGCUGAGGCUUAAACUAAAUGAUUCUCAUUCCAAAGAGGACAAGUUAAAGGAAAGAGAGGCAGAAAUUUCCUCGCUGUCCAAUACUUUGUUAAUGAAAGAAAAAGAGGCAGAAGACUCCCUUCUGUCAGCAUCCCAAGUGAAAACACUCCUUGACAAAGUUGGAGGGAUUGAAAUCCCUAUGGCAGAGUCAGAAGUUGGAGACCUGGUGCCCCAUAAUUCUGCUCAUGUAAAGAAGCUCUUUUACAUUAUUGAUACUGUUACUGAGUUGCAGCAGCAAGUGAGGUUAUUGUCUCAUGACAAAGAAGAGCUGCAAUCAACAAUUACAACACAGAUUCUGGAAAUUGAGCAUCUGAAGGAGGAAGUUGAGAAACUUGUCAGGGACAGACAAGAUUCCGAAAAAGUGAAGGAUGAACUGUCUGAGCUCACUUUUGGUUUGGAGAAAAUUUUAGGUAUUUUAGGAGGUGAAUUGUUUGACCAAAAAUCUGCUGGUGUCAAGGGACUUCUGUCAGUAUUAGAAAAGCAGGUUGUGACCAUGCCUUUGGAAUUGGAAAAUUCAAAAUCAAAAGCUCAGGAGCUUGGCACAAAGUUGCUUGCAAGCCAAAAGGUUGUGGAUGAAUUGUCAAUCAAAGUUAAAGUUCUUGAAGACUCACUUCAAGAUAGGAGUGCUCAGACAGAGAUUGUUCAGGAAAGGAGCAUCUUUGAAGCUCCCUCAUUGCCUACAGGGUCUGAGAUAUCUGAAAUUGAAGAUGCGGGCUCACUGGGGCAGACUACAAAAUCUCCUGUCCCGCCAGCCACUGUUGCAAGAACUGUGCGAAAGGGUUCGGCUGAGCAUCUCGCAAUCAAUGUUGAUGUGGAAUCUGAACGUUUGAUCAACAAUGAGGGAAGUGAUGAGGACAAAGGUCAUGUAUUCAAGUCUCUGAACACGUCAGGUCUCAUUCCAAAACAAGGAAAGUUGAUUGCAGAUCGAAUUGAUGGAAUCUGGGUAUCCGGUGGUCGACUUUUGAUGAGUCGUCCCCAAGCAAGGCUAGGCCUUAUUGCCUAUUCACUCUUAUUGCAUAUAUGGCUGUUGGCAACGAUUUUGUGACGAAUUCUUUGAUCAUCUGUUCUCUGGAUCAUACCGCAACAAUAUUCUUAGUCUGCAAGUUGUAUCAUAGAUAAAUAACAUUUCUAUUUUUUUUUCCCAUUCUUUUAUGGUCACGGUGGUUAACGUGUUCAUAUUUUACAUAUCACCAUAUUGAUUCUCUGAAAUCAUAUUUUUUUAGGGGUUCAGGGAAUACAUGCCUCUCUGCUUUUAGAGAGAUGUAUCACUUUAGUUACUUAAUAAGUCUUUUGUCCUGUUGGAAUAUUGAGCUAUAGUUUCAAGUUUGGUAGAUAAACAUGAAAUGUAAGUGGUGACACACCAUUUGUUCUAGACUUCUAGUAUCUCUGUGUUAACUAUGCGGACUUUGAGGAUUGGUGCUGA